UGAGAAUGCAUGGAAUAGGUUAUGUUCUAAAAUAAUUACAAUUUCUUUCACAUAGGUUUUAUUUUUGAUGCAAUAUGUAAGCUUCUGAAGGGAUCAGUCUCUGGGAACAUUUACCGCUCCACCACAGAAGAGGCUGAAGUCUCUCCCUCCUUGCUUCUCUCUCUCUCUCUCUCUCUCCUCCCUUUUCUUCUGGGUUCAUGUGUGUGUUUACAUUUCCCCUUCCACUCUGGAGCACUACACGGGACCUGUUGGAGCUCAAGUGGGGGUUUCAGGACUCUGAUUUAGGUUUAAGACCACAAAGCGGCCGGGAUAAGGACCAGGACGGAUGAUGCGUGUUGCGCCGCGCCUCUUCCGUGAAAGAAGAGUCUCUCAGCAGCAGAGAUGGGCGCCCUCUCACCUUUCUACCCGCCGCGGGGGAACCGCCGCCGCCGCCGCCGCCGCGCCGCGCCGCUCCUAACUUUAGUGGCGGCUGUACUUCAGCUAUGCGCCGCCUUUAACCUGGACACGGAGGGACGCGCCGUUUUCACGGGACCGCGGGGGAGUUAUUUCGGAUAUUCCGUGGAAUUCUUCGGGAACUCAUCCAGUAUCAUUAUCUUAAUUGGAGCUCCGAAAGCCAACACCAGCCAGCUGGACAUCGUAGAAGGAGGAGCUGUGUACCAGUGUUCCUGGAGCCAGAAUAACUGCAGUGUUGUCAGCUUUGACCAGCAAGGUGACCGGUAUUUUUACAUAAAUGAUGUGAACACUCAAGUUGAGUUCAAGUCCCAUCAGUGGUUUGGAGCUGUUGUGCGUUCCCAUGGUAACAGCAUCUUGGCCUGUGCUCCCAGAUAUUAUUGGAGGACAGAACACGACACACCAUUUGCUGAUGUUACAGGCACCUGCUACCUCUCUGUUGACGGUCUCAAAACCUUUGUGGAGUAUGCCCCAUGUAGAACAGAAAGACACGGCCCUGCUGGACAGGGUUACUGUCAGGGAGGAUUCAGUGCUGACUUUACCAAGGAUGGGCGGGUUGUUCUUGGAGGACCUGGUAGCUUUUACUGGCAAGGUCAGCUGAUUUCAGCCACCACAGAGGAGAUUGUUAAGGCAUACUAUCCCUCCUACUUCCUGCUGUCGGUUGCCGGGCAGAUUCAGACCCAACAGGUCCAGGGGAGCUAUGAUGACAGUUACUUGGGUUACUCUGUGACCAGUGGCGAGUUUAGUGGGGACGGCGAGGAAGAUUUCAUCACAGGAGUACCAAAAGGACUCAUGCUGUAUGGUUUAGUGUCCAUUUUAAAUGGGAAGGAUCUGAAGUCUGUACUGAACCUCACCGGGGACCAGAUGGGGUCUUACUUUGGCUACGCAGUGGCGGUCACUGACAUCAACAACGACGGUUACGAUGACCUGGUUGUUGGAGCUCCAACAUUCAUGCGCCCUGGGUUCAGUGGACGUUUGGAGGAGCUGGGGAAGGUGUAUGUGUACCUCCAAAGGGGCCCACUGCAUCUACAGCCAGCUCAAACGCAUCUCCUUGGCUCCCAGGUCUUUGGUCGAUUUGGCACCUCUCUGGCUCCUCUGGGUGAUCUCAACCAGGAUGGCUUUAACGACAUGGCUAUCGGCUGUCCCUACGGAGGAGACCACCAACAGGGCUUGGUUUUUAUCCAUAAUGGUCAUGCUGGAGGACUGAAGAACAGGCCUACUCAGGUUCUUUCUGGCCAGUGGGCUUCAAGCUCAUUCCCUGCCAGCUUUGGCUUUGCUCUGCGAGGCAACAUGGACAUUGAUCAGAACGGGUACCCAGAUCUGAUUGUUGGUGCUUUUGGCUUAGAUAAGGCUGUACUGUACAGAGCACGGCCAAUAGUGAGAGCCAGUGCUUCCCUCACUGUUCAGCCAACCAUGUUCAACCAGGAGGAGAAGACUUGUUCGCUGGUCAAACAAGACAAAAACAUCUCCGUUUCCUGUGCGAGCACCAGGUUCUGCUUGGAGGCUCAUGGGAAGCACCUACCCUCUCAUUUAGUCUUCGUGGUGGAGGUGCAGCUAGACAGCGCAAAGCAGAACCAAAAGGAGUCUGUCAGGAGAGCGUUGUUCCUGGAGAGCCAGCAGCCCACCCUGGUGAAGACCUUAAACCUCACAAAUGGUGAAAGGUUCUGCUGUGAAACCAAGAUCUACCUGCGGGCUGAGGAGGAGUUUCGGGAUAAACUCUCUCCCAUUGACAUCAGCCUGAACUUCAGUCUGGGUCCUCAGGUGGCACCAGAUCAACACGGCCUCAGUCCCAUCCUGAAUUACCAGACUGAGCAACGUGUAGAGCAGAAGGCCCAGAUUCAGCUGGACUGUGGGGAGGACAACAUUUGUGUCCCUGACCUCAAGCUGGCUGUUAUUGGUGAUAAAUCAGAGGUCUACCUGGGUGACGAAAACGCCUUGAGCUUGAUCUUUAAUGCCAGGAAUGAGGGAGAGGGAGGGGCUUAUGAGGCGGAGCUCUAUGUGGUGCUGCCCCCAGAGGCCGACUACAGCGGGAUCGCACGCAACAAUGGGAGUCUGACUCAGCUGACGUGCAGCUACGAGGCUGACAACCAGACCCGCCAUCUUGCAUGCGAUCUGGGAAACCCGAUGAAGUCUGGUACCAGCUUAUGGGCAGGCCUUCGAUUCACUGUGCCAAGACUGACGGACGCUAACAAUGUUGUCCAGUUUCAGCUUCAAAUACGAAGUAAAAACUUCAAUAACUCUGAAAGCAACGAGGUGCUGUUGGAGGUGCAGGUUGCUGCCAAGGCUGAGGUGAUCCUGCAGGGUGUUUCUCGGCCAGACAAAGUCAUCUUCCCUCCUCCCAACUGGACCGCCCGUCACAGUCUGGGGGUGGAGCAGGAUGUUGGCCCUGAGCUUCAGCAGGUUUACGAGUUGGUGAAUAAUGGCCCCAGUGUGGUGAGCCAGACGAUGUUAGAGGUGAGAUGUCCCCUGAGGGCUCAUGGCCAUGCUCUGCUCUACCCUGUGGAGGUGAUCACUGUGGGUCCAAUCAACUGCUCCUCCAAAACAACAUUUAAUGCACUGAAACUCAAGCUUCAGGUUCCAGAAAGAGAAAGUCCUACAUCAUUAAAGUCCAGCGCUGAGCAUAACAUCCAGAGGAGGGAGGUGAUCAGGGAUCCUCUGGUUGAACAAGGAAACCUGACGUGCAGCUCAGCAGAAUGCUGGAAGCUUCACUGUGAUGUCGAAAGGCUGGAGAAAGGGAGCAGCAUCAUCCUGACUGUACGCUCCAGACUCUGGGCUGAAACCUUCAUCGAGCGCCCAUACAAGCAGCACAUCCUGGAGUGUUCCGUUCAGUAUGAAGUGAACAAGAUGCCAUACUCUAUUCCUCCCAAAUUUAAGCCAUUCGGAUCAAGAAAGGUGGUGGCAACUGUGAUGUGGAGCAAACCGGACAAUCAGUUCUCUGUUCCAGUGUGGAUUAUCAUCCUGGCUGUUUUAGCUGGGCUGCUGUUGCUGGCAGUGCUGAUUUAUCUACUGUAUAAGAUGGGCUUCUUCAAAAGGUCAGAUCCAUACGGAACGACCAUGGAGAAGGCCCACCUCAAACCCCAGGCGUCCUCUGAAGCUUAGAUCCAAGAAGGAGUUUCUUCUCAUGCAGCUAUUCCAAAGAACUGGAAAAGUCGCCACCUUCUCAAGCGAGGGAUGAAAUUUACUGAUCAUAAGCUGGCACCCUAUUUGUGCAGGGUCAUUUAUGGGUGCUGGUCACUGGAAUAAUGUUUAUCUGGUGCUGCACUAAAAUACCAAAGCGGAGGAGAAGCCUGGGGCCUUUCAUGCAGAGAAGCAUUGCAGUUUAGGACGUCAGCUUUGGACAGUAAUGGCCUCAUCUGAAGCUCCAGCUGGUGGAAAAUGCUCCCUGUAGGAUAAUCCUAUGUGGAACAAAAAGUCCAAAUGCACCUCCAACAAAGGGCACUAAAGCCUCAGCUUUGCUCCAAAAAUGUUGACCUAUAAGCCAAUUUUGCCCCAGUUCAAAAUUGCUUUUUAUUGAUCUGAACACCACUUGUUAUUUAUGGCACAGUGUUUUUCUAUUGAUUGUUGAAUGUUAUUCUGUACUGUCUGCAGGUAACACCUGAUCAAACUGCAACGUCUGACUUGAAUCAUUCCUCUCCCAUAUUGGGAGGUUUUAUGUGUAUGAUGCAAUGUAUUCACUGUGUCGAGCUUACUGGUGUUAUGGCUCUGAAUAAAGCUGAAUUUUGUGUAAUCACCCAAAA